AUGGCGGGCGCAGGAGGCAACGACCCCACUUGCUGGCUGGCACCGACGUCACCUUCAUUCCGCACCCGGCCUCGACGCGUCUACAUUGAAUUGGUCCACCUUGAGUCGAAUGCAGACCACGUCCUGCCUUUUCAGGAUUAUCUGUACACUGGUGCUCUGCGCCCUUUUAUGCCCUCGUCCGCCGUGCUCGACGCAGACGCGUCGCGUCCACGGUCCGGGAUCCUGACACCCAGCUCUGACGGGAGCUUGAACCGUCAGGCCCUCUGUUCGCCAAAUGGACGCAACGACAGACGAGCAGAUGCGGCGGAAAUGGAUCCUUUACUCAAGCCUUCCAUUGCAGUCAAGCCACAUCCGUCAAAUCUGCAUACCCAGCCGCGACUCUUGUUGCCGUUGAUGCUUCUUCCCCGAGAGUAUUUGCCUCUUAGCAGUCUCGAUUUUUCUUCGCCCGAUGCCGAAUUGCCACAGACCCGUUUCGUGGAGUCGCACGUCAAAAUACUGCAUCUUGAGCAUCGCCUAGGCUCCUCGCCAAGCAUUCUGGUUGCGAGAAACGAGUCAAAACGCACAGUAUACGCUCUUGAAAGCCAACCAAAUGGGCUGUACAUUAUGUGCAAACUUGGUUCUUGGGUCGAUCUUGGAGAGCUGGCAAGGCGGGCUACGGCAAUAUGCCACCAACGUCUGACUCCAGCCAAGCAGGACAGACCCGAGACGGAAUUCGGUGCGCCACUGACGACGCCCCAUUUGUACAGAGAACAGAAGAAGAAGAGAGCAGCCAUCGAGGCUAUUCAAAGCCUCGUCAGGAAGAAACCAAAGCCUCAGGUAGUGCAGCAAGAGCAUGGAAUCAACGACAAAGGCGAUCAAGGGGAUGUACACAUCCGACAGUCACCCCCCGAGAUCAAAUCCGACGACGAGAAGGCUCACGGCUUUCUGAACGUACAAGAUGCCCCAGAGACGUGCCAGUCCGUUGCGUACCUGCCGGCAGCUUCGCCACCGCAAACUGCAGACGCAAUAUUUGACAACAUUCGCACACAGUAUUUUGAAGCACUGUACAGAUCUAUUGGCUCGUUGGCGUAUUUUGCCAAAGGACCCCUCUCGCGAGCGCGAUCUGCAUUCCAUCUGGAUCUCGAGUCCACCCUGAACAUGGCAGACUUGAUAGACUUCUUGAAGGGCUUGAUCCUCACGACCGUGCAAAUAGACAAAAAGUAUCGCGAAACUAUUCCAGACAUGAUUACGAAAAUGAAGACUCUGAUCGAGACUUCAGACGAGGGCGCUAAGAAGAAGCGGAAGCCCAGAAAAAUGAAACCGGGAAAGGAUUCAUUGUAUCCCUUGGAAGAUGAAAACAUCCGCAGGUGGUGGAAUGCGAUCAAGCCGGAAACCAAUCAAGAAGAAGCAUCAACCUCGACAGCGCAUCUCAAGUCGCACGUAUCAAUGCUUCGCACCCGAGAGACUCAGCUUCAAAUGAUUCUGAUACUAGAAAUUCUUGCUCUGGAGCCGUUGAAGGCCAUGGAAGAACCCGCGGGCUCGAACUUGCCCACCUUGCCAGGAGCAGACUCCCAAAAAGAGCAGAACAUGGCACCACUGCCUAAGAAGCGGAGCAAGCAUAACUUGCCCGUCUUGUUGGAUGUACACGCCGACCGACUAACCAUAUGGCAGUCUACUGCCGACGAUGAACAUGUCUUGUUGUCAGACUCUCAAGCGGCACAUAAUUCUGCAGCCGGCCAGAUCCAGCAGAAACCUUCGUCGGAGCCCCUGAAGGACUUUUGUGUGGAUGUGAUUGUACCCUUCUUUUCCGCCAGAUUGCCAGAGCGAUGCGAUGCGAUCAACCGCAAACUUGGCGGCCCGAUCAUUGCGUCUCCUGUUAAAUCCAAGGCACUAAAGCGAUUCUCUAGCAAGAAGGAGCUAAAGCCAGGAGCCGCUACAAAGCGACCAGCUCCCCCUGCUACAUCGGCGCAGCGUUUCCAGAGGCCCCGGCAGCACAAUCGCACUGUUAAGAUCUGCCACGUCAACAUCUGUGUCAAGAAUAAAGCGCGAGGGGAUGAAGACUAA